GCCAGAGGAACAGUUGGGCAGACAUCACCCUACAGCAUUUUCAGGAGCGUUUAUAAUCUGUUGAAUAUGGCAGAAAUGACACCUUGUAUAAAUGUGGUCCUGCUUGGAAAAACAGGAUCUGGAAAAAGUUCAUCAGGAAACACAAUCCUGGGUCGACAAGCUUUCAUCUCAAAGCGAAGAUCCGUAUCAGUCACACGAGACGUUGCUGUGGAGUCUGGAUCAUUCUGUGAACUACCAGUCACUGUUUAUGACACACCAGGUUUAUUAAAUACAAAUAUGAGUGAAGAAGAGAUUCAGCAGAUGAUCAAUAAGAAGGUCCUCCAGAAAUGUUCAUCAGGUCUGUGUGUGUUUCUGCUGGUCAUCAAAGCUGACAGAUUCACUGAAGAAGAGAGAAAGACUGUGGAGAUGAUUGAGAAGAUCCUGGGAGAAAACAACCAGAAAGACAUCUGGAUUCUUUUCACCAGAGGAGACGAACUGGAGGAAGAAAACACGACAAUCCAGGAGUUCAUAGAGGAGACUGAAGAACUGAAGACACUCGUGCAGAAAUAUGAGCACAGAUACCAUCUGUUCAACAACAAGAAGAAGAUGGAGGAGGAGGGACCGAGUGAACAAGUGAAGAUGCUGAUCACAAAAAUACUGAAGAAUUACCUAGACACAAUGAGAGCAGAUAUGCUGGAGCUUAAUCCACUGAGGAGAAAUCAACCUGGAAAUAUUGAGCCAGUCUCUCGUGUCUCUGGUCUCCCCUCCAGACGGAUUGUUCUUCUGGGUAAAUCUGGUGUUGGUAAAAGUGCAGCUGGAAACACAAUCCUGGGACAGAGAGAGUUUGUAUCUGUGAUGAGGAUGAAUUCAGUAACCCGCAUUUGUUCAGCAGCUCAGGCCACAGUUUCAGGCAGAUCUGUGUCUGUAGUCGACACUCCUGGAUUAUUCGACACACAGAUGAAACCUGAAGAGUUAAUGAUGGAGAUCGCCAGAAGUGUGUAUAUCUCCAGUCCUGGACCUCACGCUUUCCUCAUUGUGUUUCCUCUCAACAUGAGAUUCACUGAACAGGAGCAGCUGAUUCCUCAGAUGAUUGAGAUUAUCUUUGGUCAGGAGGUGUUGAAAUACUCCAUCAUUCUCUUCACUCAUGGAGAUCAGCUGGAUGGAGAGUCUGUAGAGAAGCUGAUAGAGGAGAACAGUAGAUUAAGAUCUGUAGUCCAGCAGUGUGGAGGCAGAUAUCAUGUGCUCAACAACAGAGAUGAGAAUAACAGAGAGCAGGUGGAGGAUCUACUGCAGAAGAUUGACUCAAUGAUACAGCAGAAUGGAGGAGGACACUACACUAACCAGAUGUAUGAAGACGCUCAGAGAGCCAGACAAGAGGAAGAAGAGGAGCAGAGACCGAGAGAAGAAGAGAAGAGAAAACAACUAGAGAAACAAUUACAAGAGGAGAUUGAGAGAGCGAAGAAGGUAGCAGAGGAGAGAGUCAGAGCAGAGGAUAAAUCACUGGAAAAUAAGGACAGAGUCAGGCAAGAUGUAAAAACCUUUGGAUCUAUGUGGAAUGGUGUUUUGUCUGUCGUUGGAGCUGCUGUUGGAGCUGUUAUUGCUGCACCUGUUGUUGCUGCUGCAGCUGUUGUUGCUGCACCUGCUGUUGGUGUUGCUGCUGCUGCUGGACUUGGUGCUGCUGUUAGUGCUUCUGUUGGUGCUGCUGCAGCUGGUGCUGCUGCAGCUGGUGCUGCAGCUGGUGCUGCUGUUGCAAGAAGAUUUGAUGACACUCGAGAGGAACUAGAUAAAAAAGGAAAAAAUAGAAAAAGAUGAAUUUGAGAGCAUGAAAAAAGAUGAGUAAGGUCAACUCAACAUCAGAAAGAAGGAUUCAGAGACACAAGAAAGGGUGAGCAAACAGCUGCUACAUACUUCAGCAUGAGAAAUUCAUACACCGGCUUGAGAUAGAAAUGCAGCUCCAGCUGAAAAGUGCUGUAAGACAGUGUCUCACAGCAGAAGAUGACAUGCUGAAGAGAUGACACUAACAGAGACCAUAGGCGGGACCAAAAAAGGCAGCAUUAUUCAGCACAUCAGUAGAUCUGAGUGGGGUACUUCACUAAUUACUGCUGCAUGAUGAUCAGAAUCUCUGAACAUCUGAAAACCACAGACGUAGCCAUGCUAUCCCAUAAUGCAGGGGUGGGCAAACUCUGUCCUGGAGUGCCGGCGUCUUGCACAGUUUAG